CAAAAUGUUCAUGAGGACAUCCCCAACAAUUUCUCUUUUGUUAUGUGGAUUUAUGUUCAUUCCCCGGGUUAAUCUACAGAAAAAUGAGAGUCCUAAGAUUGCUAUAGUAGGGGGAGGUGCAGGAGGAGUUAGUUCAGGACAUUUCCUAAGAGAAUUGUUUGACAAGCAUGUCCAAAUAGAUCUCUAUGAAGACAAGGAGAUAGGUGGUAGAGUGUCAUCUGUAAAAUUUGCAGGCCAAGACUAUGAAUCUGGGGGAUCAGUUAUACACCCCAAAAAUAUGUACAUGGUCAACAUGACAAAAAUGCUAGGUUUAAAACCAAGAGCAAAGGCCCAUGGAAUCCUAGGAAUCUAUAAUGGAGAAGAGAUGGAUUUCACAGGAAGUAGCUUCUCGCUAGUAACCAUGGCAAAGAUGUUCUGGCGCUAUGGGUACGACCUUAUAAGACUUGAUACAUGGAAUACACAUUUAUUGGAAAAGUUCUCGAGCAUCUAUGACCAUCAGAUAGCCGGCCAUGCAUUUACCAGUGUGGAGAAACUUUUGGAGUCGAUGUCCCAAGACAUGAGGGAUCUCCUCUAUGUCUCUGCGGAGAAGAAGUUUAAAGAGGAGGGCUUUUCGGAGAGAUUCAUCAAUGAACUUGCUCUUGGUGCAUUGAGAAACAACUAUGGCCAGAGUACAGACAUCCAGGCAUUUGUUUGUUCUGUAUCCCUUGCUGGAGCAAUGCCUGGUCUGUGGGAAGUCCAUGGUGGUAACAAUCUUGUCUUCAAACAACUCGUGAAGCAUGCCUCUAUCAACCACAUACAUGCAAAAGUUCAGUCUGUCACCCUCACAUCAACAAACUCGCAAAGUCCUAGGUACAUUCUAGAGGGAGUUAACAGAGAUAAUGUGCCAUUUAAGGACAUGUAUGAUAUAGUUAUAAUUGCGACACCUCUACACGAUAAGAUAUCUGAUAUAAAAUUCAAUGGUUUCCCAAAACCAGUUUCUUAUUUUCCAGGGGAAUACAAACGAACUGUUGCAAAUUUUGUACAUGGAACACCAAAUAUAACAAAAUUUGGAUUCGAUAAUUUGAAUGAUUUUCCCACAAUGCUUCUUACAGCCAAUCGUGAAUUGUAUUACCGUAGUAUUGGAAAACAAUUUCCGGUGAAUUGGGGAGGAGAUGGAAAAGCUUUUCUUCCAUCAGUUUGGAAAGUAUUUUCAGAGGAACCAUUGACUGAAUCUGAGUUUGAUGAUUUAUUUCUGUCCUAUGAUCAAACAACCAUGGUGGAUUGGCGUGCCUAUCCCAAAUAUGGAUCAACAGACAACAUCCCACCAUUUCAACUUGCUCAGAGAUUGUAUUAUGUGAAUGGUAUUGAAUGGGCAGCGUCAGCGAUGGAGACUUCUGUAAUAGGGGGUAAAAAUGUAGCCCUGUUAGCCUAUAACCAAUGGAUGGGGCUACAUGGUAAUAUUGACCAAGAAGUACAUGUUAAACAUGACAAAACAGAGUUGGAUGAUUCUCAGUAUGAAAAUCUAGAUCUGAUUAGUUUUUGGGUGUUCUGGGUAAAUGUCAAGGCAGCCAUUUUGGAUUUUCCGUCUUAA